AUGGCAGGCCGAUUCGUGCGCGCCUCCAAGUACCGCCAUGUCUUUGGCAAGGGCACCAAGAAGGAGCAAUGCUAUGACAACCUGCGCAUCACAAAGAAUGCCUGGGACACCAACCUGAUCAAGGCAAACCCCGAAUACAUCUCAGUCAACUGGGAGGCCAGCGGUGGCGGUGCCUUUGCCGUCAUCCCCAUCAACGAGCGCGGCAGAGCUCCCGACCAACUGCCUCUCUUCCGCGGACACACAGCCGCUGUCCUCGACACCGACUGGUCUCCCUUCAAUGACUCGCUCAUCUCCUCAGCCUCGGACGACGGCAAGGUCUUCAUCUGGAAGGUGCCUGAGGGCUUUACACUGCACACCGAUGCUGAGGAGCCUGCCGAUGUUGCUCCUGUUGCUAGGCUGAGCGGCCACAUGAGGAAAGUCGGCCACGUCCUCUUCAACACGGCCGCCGAGAAUGUCCUUGCCAGUGCGUCUGGUGACUUCACCGUCAAGCUCUGGGAUGUCGAGGCUGGCGUGCCCCAGCUCUCGCUCAGGCACAAUGACAUUGUCCAGUCGCUAUCCUGGAGCGCCGACGGAUCGCUCCUCGUCACCACCAGCCGAGACAAGAAGUUGCGUGUGUGGGAUGUGCGUCAGGAAAGGCCUGCACAGGAGGUUCCCGGACACCCUGGUGCCAAGAACAGCCGCGCUGUAUGGAUGGGCGAGACGGACCGCAUUGCAACCACUGGUUUCUCCAAGAUGAGCGACCGUCAACUUGGUCUCUGGGACCCGCGCAACCCCAGUGAGCCUAUUGGCGGCUUCCAGAUUCUUGACUCCAUUUCUGGUGUCUGCAUGCCUUUCUGGGACGACGGCACCCAGUGCUUGUACCUUGCUGGCAAGGGUGACGGCAACAUUCGUUACUACGAAUACGAAAACGACAAGUUUGAGUACCUUUCAGAGUACAAGUCUGGCGAGCCUCAGCGUGGUAUUGCCUUCCUUCCCAAGCGCGGCAUCAACCUGCACGAGAACGAAGUUCUUCGCUGCUUCAAGACGGUCAACGAUUCCUACAUCGAGCCCGUAUCCUUCAUCGUGCCCCGCCGAUCGGAAAUGUUCCAGAGCGACAUCUAUCCCCCCACCAACGGCCUCAAGCCCGGUGUUUCUGCCAAGGAGUGGUUCAGUGGCAAGACGGCAAUGCCCCCUAAGAUUUCGCUCGAGAGCAUUUACGAGGGUGAUGCACCCAAGGAAGUACAGAGCGACUACAAGCCUUCCAGGCCCACAACAGCCGAAUCCCCGCCUGUCAAGACGGAGCAACCCAAGGCCGAGCCCACACACGCGCCGCUAGCUUCCCGCGGGCCCCCACCUUCAAUGAAGGACAACAAGGAUUCCAUGGCUUCUGCUGCUUCCAAGUACGCAGACAAGGAUAACGCUUCCGACGAUGAGAGCGCAUCCAGCUUCGAGGAGAUUUCCAAGCCUGCAGACCGCCGUAACUUUACUGCUGCGCGUCAAGAAGAAAAGACUAGGGGUCCUGUCAUAACCAAGGAACCUGAGCCGUCUUCUAGCCAGACUACAACCCCCACUCAGUCCAAGUCUGCAACAACGGCUAGCCCCUCUGCCGCAUCUGCCGCUUCGUCCACUUCUGCCGCAGCAGCAAGCUCCAGUGGCCCUGCAUCUGCUCUCCGCGACGCACUAGGUGACAUCAAGUCUCAACUCGAGCACCAAAACAAGGUCAUGUCGGACCAAUCCGAUCAGAUUGCCAUCCUGCUGCGAGAAGUCGCCCAACUCAAGGCAAAGGUUACCAGCUCUGAGCCUUCUGAUCGCGAAAAGGACGAGCGUAUCCGGCAGCUUGAGCUUGAGCUUGAGGAAGCUCGAUCUUGA